GUUUCUUUAAACUACAAGUGUCUAUAAAGAUGCUCAAAUUAUUCCAAUUUGUUAUUUUUAUCAUAGCUUUUAAUAAAUUAUUUGCAUUUCCUCCUGAUGUUGAAAAAUGUAGAAUUAAUGAUGAAGAUUGCUUAGUAAGGUCGUCAAAUACUGUUUUGAGAAAAUAUUACAAUGGAAUCACGGAAAUCGAUCUACAAUCCCUUGAUCCUUUUAUGGUUGAUAAAAUCAAAGUUGAUCAUGAUUAUGGAGUCAUUCAAGCUAAUGGAACCAUUUUUAAUAUCAAUUUGAGAGGACUUUCGGCAGCAACAGUUGAGAAGUUUUCAGGAUUUGACAAAAAUCUUUUAGAAAUUCAUUUUAAAGUUUCGGAAUUCCACUUUAAAGGAUUCUACUCAGCAACAGGUGUUGUCUUUGGAUACUCUAGUCAUGAUAAUGGAAUUUUUACGCUUAAUUUUUAUGAUUUUAAAGCUAAGUUGACAAUCAAACUUGAAAGGUACAUGAGGAAUGAUAAGGAAUACUUUAAAACUGUUGGAUCAGACAUAAGCUCUACUGUUAGAACUGGUGAUCUCGAUGCAACCACAUUGAGUCGAGCAUUAAAUUGGAUAUUAAAUAAAAGUUUUGACUUGAUUCUCAGCUGCAGUAUGAAAUCUUAUGUCGGAGAUGUGUGGACGGAAUAUUAUGAAAAAGCUAUAAAUGCAGUGCUAUCGAAAGUUCCGAUUGAAGAUUUGUUCAUUGUUGAUUGAUUCGAAUAAAGUUGUAAAAUUAGAGUUGAAAUAAAAAAAAUUACAAAACUUAUCAGACAAGUUUAAAGAAAACUUUAAAGACAUGAAACAAAUUCUGAUCAAUUUGUAUCCAACAUCAAGCACAUAUGACACUUUAAAGAUUCGUUGAAUUUGGGAUAAAUUUAGAUUAUUUGUA